GCCUGUUCCGCCGCUAAAGACGGCAGUUGUAUUUCCGGCUCCUUCGCCUGGUCCCUUCCGGCUAGCGUGGUUUUCAGAAAGGCCUGGCUGGCAGCGGCGGCAUCUCGCACGACAUCGACAAAGGUCGCGCCGCCGCCAGUCCCAUCCUCUCUCUCGGAACCGGGGCCGGCCCAGCCAGUCCGUCCACCCCCACACAAUCACACACCCGUUGCGCUUCGAGGGAUCCGUGGUCGCUUGCUCUAUUGUGCGCCUCCCUCUUUCUCCUUGCCCUGGCUUCCCCCGCUGCGGAAAGCCGACGCCGUAACCACCUGUCGUCGGGCACGCCUUGUCGUCGGCAUGGAGACGGAUGUUUCAGUCGAGACCACGCCGCCCUCGGGCGAGGCUGCAAAGGACUCGUAUAGUGGGAAUGAAGACCGCUCGAUAUAUCGCGCCCGCGCCUGCCUGCGCUGCUCCCGCUCCAAGUUGCGUUGUAUGCGCACCGCCGACCCAAGCGUGAAGCCAUGUGUUAGAUGUGCUCGCCUUGGUGCCGAAUGCACUAUCCCAGAGGCAAAACCUCGCGGGCCCAGAAGGGGUCAAGGCCGCCGGGUAGGACAGCUGGAGCAGAAGCUGGACGGCAUCAUGUCGCUACUCACGGCGAGUAAGCAUCUGAAUGAUCAACGACAAAACAAGCCAAACAGCACGUCCCCAACCUCGACAGUCAUUGGAGAAUCCCGACAGGAACCAUUUGGGCGGGUAUUUCCCCCCGGCCCGGGGCUCCUGACCAGCGCGGCAUCGUACUCGCCCACAGUUCAGGAGUACGUGCCAGCGGUCACGCCCGAGAGCUUGUCCCACCGGACAGGCACCGACACCUCACCCAAGGCGACCCCUACUGAACGGACUGCCACCUCAGCGCCCGACUCUGUCGGGCCCGCGGAUGAGGAGCUGCCGCCACAAAGUUACGAAAUCUUUCACGGCAUGGAACUCAGCAGCCACGAGGCCCGGGCGGCGCUCGAUAACUACAAGAGUGUGUACCAGCUGAAUUUCCCCUUCGUGCCCGUCUCGAGAAAGAUAAGCCCGGGCGCGCUCUUCGCCAAGUCGCCGCUAUUGUUCCGUGCAAUCAUGAUAAGUUGCGCGCACCAGAGCUAUAGCCUGCGUAGCUCUGGUGACCGGUGGUUCCUCAGUCACAUCGCGCAGCGCGUUCUGGUCAAUGGGGAAAAGAGCCUGGAGCUUCUCCAGGCUAUUAUCAUAUUCCUCGCAUGGUGCGAUUAUCAAUUAUUCUUCAAUUCUCAAGGCACAUCAAUGCUCCAGCUCGCCCUUGGGAUGGUUAUGGAGCUGGGCCUCAGCAAGCCACCCAUCGCGAGAUACACCCAGAAACAGGACGUCAUGGUCAACGAAGCCUUCCGAAGAGUCCCCGGCUUCAGCAUCCGGUCGUCAAUCAGUCGGGAAGACAUGCGCACCAUGCUUGGCGCCUUUUACUGUGCAUCACUCCGCGCCACUCUUUUCCGACGCGAACACUACUUGCCGUAUACCGAAUUUAUUGACCAGUGCUGCACAGACCUGCUGGCAACCGAGGAGUACCAGACAGACAGGGCUCUCGUCGCCAUGAUCAGGAUGCAAUGUCUCGUCCGCCGAGCUCAAGCCCUGCUACCAGGGGCAUAUCCAUGUCCAGACACCACCGUCACCUUCACCCCUUCGGUCGCGAUAAGCCUCGCGGCUCUUCGGCGGGAGAUGGAUGAGAUGGUAGCAGGUCUCCACCCUAGUGGCAUCGAAAACACCCACUUCCUCAGACUGCACUACCAUGCUUCCGUGGUCGUCAUGCACGAGGCAGCGAUUUACACACGCUCCAUGCUGCCCGCCUCAGCCCCAGUUUUCCCCCAGAGUUCAACCAGCUUUCAAGGUCUAAAGCGCACUGAUGCGCUCUGGCAUUGUCUGCGCUCUGCUAGCGACUGCAUCGAAACUUAUUUGGAGGUGCCCGCCGAAAUUGUAGGCCUCCAACCGCUUGCGGCGAUAGCACUCUUGACCUUCAGCCUCAUGACCGCUACGCGCAUGCUGUUUCUGCAAGAUGCCGAUUGGGACGCGCUGACUGCACGUCGUGUGUUUGACUUCCCGGGCGUCGUGACCCGUUUGACGGACCUGUUCGCGGCCGGCCAGGCGUUCGAGGCCGCCCGAGGCACCUCGGCGUCGGGCAUGUACCGUCGUCGGUUCCGGGACGACGCCUACACCCUCAUCCUGUCGUCGUACGUGGCCAAGCUGCUGUGGCUUAGGCAGUGGUACAUGGCCCGCACGGCGCCGCCGGGCCACAACGUCGCCCCUCCCGGCGAGGACCCCUUGCCGGGCGACAUUUCACCCAAGCCCCACGGGGGGGAGGAGGAUGAGCAUUUGCAGCAGGUGAGCGAGGCCGCCGUGCAGCCGCCGCAGAAGGAGCCUGGCGCAACAUCCAGCCCACCACCCAGGGGCGCGCAGUUCCUGGGGGACCCCGCCUCCGGCUUGGCCCCGGAGCCGCCAUACGCCGACUUUCUCGGAUUCGACGUUUCCUACCUCGACACGUUUGACGAUUCCUUCUGGCACGCCUUUAUGAUGGACCCCCAGAUGGGGGUCCCACCUAUGAACAUGCAGAUCGACCCCUAGACUUGAGAGCACCCCCAGCGACACCUUACUUGCCCCUUCACCAUCGCAUCUGCAUUUUGGCCCCUCAUUUUUACAUGGCCUCGCCGGGCGGGUUGCCCUCGGCGCAGCACAACCGCAUUGUUUAGGAAUGGGAAAUGGUGUUACGAACCAUGACGGAGGCAUCUUUGGGUAAACCAGCCUUAAAACUAUGAAUUCACACCAUAAAAACCAAAACUUUGAGCUUUCGGUCGAGUAUGCUUCAAUUACGUGGC